AUGUUCGAAAAGGAGAGUGGCGAUGGAGCUGUGGUGAGCGAAGAGCCCGUCGAGACGGCCGCCGACCGCAAGAAGAAGAACGGAGGACUUGGCCCGGUCGCCCUCAUCUUUGCCUGUGGCACAGCUUUGUUCAGUGACGGCUACGUCAAUGCCAACUCAGGACCCACCAACACGAUCCUCAGACGCAUCUAUGGGACAGAUGUGUACACAUCCCACUAUUCCAGUCUCUACUCCUCAAUGGCCUUCGCUGGAACACUGCUGGGUAUGCUCGUUUUUGGCGUUCUCAGUGAUCGGAUCGGUCGCAAAUUUGGCAUGAUCUUUGCCUCGCUCUGGCUCGCCCUCUUUUCGGUCCUGAUUUCCGGCGCUUGGGGCGCAGGUGGAAGCAUUCCCGGACUUUUCGCCGCUCUUGAGGCUUACCGCUUCCUACAAGGUAUUGCCAUUGGUGCAGAGUAUCCGGCCGGGAGCGUGGCGGCUUCUGAAAACACCGAGUCUAAGGACGUCAACCCUCGUCGUCAGCAGCUCUACUUUGUCCUCUCCACCAACUCGAUGAUCGAUCUCGGCUUCGUAGCCGCCACGCUUGUUGCUCUGAUCCUCUACCAAAUCUUUGGCGAAAAGCACUUGGUCUGGGUCUGGAGGCUCACUUUGGGCCUCGGUGCCAUUCCUCCUCUUGCCGUCCUCUUUUUCCGAGUCAAGAUGGCUGAACCCGAGCACUACCGAAAAGGUGCUAUCAAGAGACACGUCCCUUGGCUGCUCGUCCUCAAGAAGUACUGGCUGCGUCUCUCAGCAGUCUGCGUUGCUUGGUUCGCUUAUGACUUUGUGUCGUUCCCAGCCGGCAUCUACUCGAGCUAUUUCCUUGACCAGAUCCUUGGCGAUGACCCGCCGCUUACACAAACUCUGGGCUGGAGCGUCUUGAUUAACACCUUUUACCUUCCUGGAACGUUUAUCGGUGCAUUCGUCUGCGACCGACUCGGGCCCAAGAACACCAUGCUUGUGGGCCUCGUUUGCCAAGCCAUCUUCGGCUAUGCGCUGGCUGGCGCCUUUGGUGAUUUGAAGAACAACAUUGGCGGACUCGUCGUCCUCUACGGCCUCUUUGUGGCAUUUGGAGAAUUUGGAUCUGGCAACAACCUGGGCCUCUUGGCGAGCAAAGCUGUUGCACCAAGUGCGGUCCGAGGAACGUUCUACGGUGUUGCGGCAGGAAUCGGAAAGGUGGGAGCAUUCGUUGGCACAUAUGCCUACACCGACAUCCAGAACAGCCUGGACCCGACGGGCAAGAAAGACAUCUACUACUCUGGAACCUUCUACAUUGGCGCCUCGCUCGCCGUCUUUGCCGCCCUCGUCGUCUUUUUCUUUGUCCCGCCCGUGGUGCAGGACGGCAUGGCCAAGAUGGACGCAGAAUUUGAAGAGUACCUGAGAGAGAACAAUUACGAUAUGAGCAACGUCGGCCUGGUCGACCACGCUCAAGACCCUGCGACGAGAGUCGAUAGUGGCGAGUCCAAGUUGGAGUAG